UCCAUCCUCAGCAGCAGCUCCAGCUCCAUGGACACACACACACACACACACACACACUCUCACGGACAGAGCCGCACUUGACUCGCUGCUGAUCCACGUCCGACGCUGCUUGUUUUCAUGACUCUUCGGCGGGACAGACUCUCUCUGGAGUGGAGGAGAAAACACCAGGGCUCGGUGGAUUAGUACUGAGCGUUUAGGAUUACUCUUUCUGCAGGGAGGCUUUUUUGACAGUGGACUUUGAUGAGGACUCUGUCCAUGUCUUCGGUCGGAUGAUGGCUCAGGCAGUCUCCGUCAUUCCAAUACUUGGCAUUAUUCUUAAAAUCGGUUGUGUUGCUGCCAUUGAACUGCGGUUUAUGCCUGAUCCACCAACGCUUAACAUCUAUGGCAUUCACAGGAUGAACAAAUCAGACAACCUAGAACUAACAUGCAGAGGUCGCCAGUACUUGAGGUGGUCGACUCCUCCUACAAGCACUCGCUUCUCCAUCAGUGACUGCAGCGGAUCGGGACUCUUCUGCACAUCCCUGAGGAUCUCCAACGCAACUGUCAAUGAAACUGGACAGUAUCGGUGUUCCUACAGAGACCUGAAAGUCGAAGAUGGCAAGACUUCAGCUGCGGCUUAUGUGUUUGUCCAUGAUUACAAGGUGCCAUUUGUGCCAUCUGAGAAAGAAUAUGAGGUGGUGUUCAUCCGUGAAGGAGAGCGGGUGGUGAUACCGUGCCGAGGCUCGGUGGAGAAUCUCAACGUUACACUCCACACUAAGUAUCCAAACAAGGAGCUGCAACCAGAUGGGAAGGAUUAUCUGUGGGACGCUAAGACGGGUUUCACUGUUCCCAGUUACCUGAUAAGCUAUGCUGGCGUCGUGUCCUGCCAGACUCGUAUUGGAAAUGAGACAUUUAAGUCCCCUCUCUACAUUGUGGCUGUUGUCGGAUACAAGAUAUAUGACCUCACCCUGACCCCGGCGCAAGUGAGGCUGUCUGUGGGGGAGCGGCUGGUGCUCAGCUGCACUGCCCACACCGAGCUCAAUGUGGGCAUCGAAUUCAACUGGACGCACUCUGGUCAGGCCCUGACCUCAGUGAAUGGUUCGAGGCCGACCCACGCGACGCCCCACAAGAAGAAGCUGUGGAGCUCUCUGGAGCUGUCCAACACCCUCAUAGUGGAGAAUGUGACGGUCGAUCACAGUGGAGAAUACACCUGCACUGCGUCCAGUGGGCAGAUGGAGAAGAGUGCCUCAGCGGUUCUUAAAGUGUAUGAAAAGCCCUUCAUUGAUAUGAAAGAGCCAUGGAUGAAGGUUUGGGAGGUAAAUGUGGGAGAUCAAACUACCCUGAUCCCUGUCAAGUACUCAGCCUACCCAGACCCCAGCUUUAGAUGGUUAAAGAAUGGCCAACCACUGAAGGAUGACUACAGAAUAAAACAGAGAAAUGAUGCCCUCGUCAUCCGUGGAGUCACAGAAAUGGAUGCAGGGAAUUACACAAUGGUCCUGACCAACAGGAUUACUAAAGAGGAACACAGACGCUCCUUCCAGCUGCUGGUCAAUGUGCCUCCUCAUAUCAUUGAGAAGGAAGUGGCAGUGGACACUGAUGUGUACCCGUUUGGCAGUAGCCCCAUUCUAAGGUGCACCGCUCGUGGAUUUCCCACACCUGCACACAUCCAGUGGCAGUGGAUGUCCAAAGAGGACUGUCCAGAGGUCUUUGUGUCAGGGCUGAUCAAGUCUGAGAUACAGCUGAAGGAGUGUACAGGUUGGAGAGAUAUCAGCAACAGCACUGGUCACAACCCUGUAGACCGAAUUACGACAGACACUGAUCAUGCCCAGAAGAAAACUGUGAGCUCUUUGAAGAUGCAGAAAGCUGAGGCCCAUGCCCUCUACAGAUGCAUGGCUGCCAACAAAGUAGGAGAGGAUUCACGCAUCAUCUUUUUCCAUGUGACACGUGGCCUUGAGGUAAGUGUGUCACCAUCCAACGAGCCCUUAGAGGAGGACCAUGUAGUUUUGAGGUGUAAGGCAGACAGGCUCAUCUACAGAAACCUCACCUGGUUCCGUGUGGCCAACAUCUCCGAGUCAGAGCAGGUGCCGUCGGUGCAGCCCUGUCGCUCCCUGCCGUUGCAGCGGAGGCCCCUUUCGCAGGCAGUGCUGUCCAGCCUGCAGGGCACCAACGUAACCCUGGAGCUGCCGCUGCCCAACGCGUCCCGUCGGGAUGAGGGUCUGUAUGCCUGUCAGGUGGAAAACAUCAAGACUGGGGAGAGAACCUGCCUGCUACGCCGGCUCUCUCUCAGAGGUCUUGAGGCGGCAAGGAUUCUUAAUAAUUUAACCGACCAAAAAGUUAAUGUAAGUGCAACGAUUACUCUCCGCUGUGAUGCUGCUGGGACACCAAACCCAGUGGUGGUGUGGACCAAAAACAACCACACUGUGGUGGAGGGCUCAGGCGUGAUUCUGAGCCAGCACAACCACAUCUUGACCAUUCAGCGUGUGAAGAAGGAGGACAAUGGUCUAUACACCUGCAGUGCCUGUAACAGCCUUGGCUGUGACACCUUACAGGCCUUUUUGACGACUGAAGGUGCAGAGGAAAAGACUAAUGUGGAACUGAUUGUUCCUAUCGGGUCAGUGGUCAUCGCCAUGUUUUUCUGGUUACUGAUCGUCUUCGUCAUCCGUGGAAGAAAGAGACCAAAUGGUGGGGAUCUGAAGACGGGCUACCUAUCAAUGAUCCUGGACUCAGAGGACAUGCCCAUGGACGAGCAGUGUGAAAGGCUCACGUAUGAUGCUAACAAAUGGGAGUUUCCUCGGGACAGGCUGAAGCUAGGUGAACCGCUGGGACGAGGAGCGUUUGGCCAGGUGGUAGAAGCAGCCGCCUUUGGCAUCGAGAAAGCUACCACGUGCACCACUGUUGCAGUCAAGAUGCUUAAGGAGGGAGCCACAUCUAGUGAGUACCGCGCCUUGAUGUCAGAGCUGAAAAUUCUCAUUCAUAUUGGACAUCAUCUCAAUGUUGUCAACCUGCUGGGAGCCUGUACAAAGCCUGGGGGGCCGCUGAUGGUGAUUGUAGAGUACUGUAAACAUGGAAAUCUCUCCAGCUACCUGAAGAGCAAGCGCGGAGAGUACAGUCCAUACAAGAGGAAGCGGGUGGAUAGCCAGAAGUGGGUGUCUACUGAGGAGGAUGUGACCGAAGGGGAUCUGGGUCUGGGGAAGAUUGCCCGGCUGGACAUCUGCACGGGAAUGGCUGUCUGCUCCACAGCUGGAGACAAGGCUUCAGGCAGCAACAUGGACACUCAAGAAGAGAGCUCAGAUGAAGACCAUCUGACCAUGGAGGAUCUCAUAAGCUACAGCUUCCAGGUGGCCAAAGGCAUGGAGUUUCUGUCCUCCCGCAAGUGUAUCCACAGAGAUCUAGCAGCCAGAAAUAUCCUGCUCUCAGAGAACAAUGUGGUGAAGAUCUGCGACUUUGGCCUCGCUAGAGAUGUCUACAAAGACCCUGACUAUGUCCGCAAAGGAGAUGCCCGUCUGCCUCUGAAGUGGAUGGCUCCUGAGACUAUAUUUGACAGGGUGUACACCACACAAAGCGAUGUUUGGUCCUUUGGGGUCCUGCUCUGGGAGAUCUUCUCUUUAGGGGCCUCUCCCUAUCCGGGUGUUUGCAUCGACGAGUCUUUCUGCAGAAGGCUUAAGGAAGGCACCAGGAUGAGACCCCCAGAAUACGCCACCACUGAGAUAUACCAGACCAUGUUGGACUGCUGGCUGGAUCGUCCAACAGACAGGCCGACGUUUGCAGAACUGGUUGAACAUCUGGGCAAUCUGCUACAGGCCAGUGCUCAACAGGAUGGGAAGGACUACAUCCCCCUGACAGCAGGCGAGGCAGAGGGAUCUCCUGUGGCCCCUGACCCCAGGAGCCCCUACAGCAGACCUAAAAGUGGGGAAAUCCUGGAGGCUCAGCUCCACUAUGACAACCCGCGAUCCAUUGGACUGUCCCAGCAGACUGAGAGGUGCAGUCGGCCCCUCAGCGUGAAGACGUUUGAGGACAUCCCUGUGGGGGGUCACACAGACAGCGGUAUGGGCUUCUCACCAGAGGAGGUGAAGGGUUUGAAUCAACAGCUGCAAACCACACCCAACUUCAGCCAGCUGCUGCGCUGUAAGAGUAAAGAGUCUCUGGCCUCGGAAUCAUCCAAUCAGACGAGCGGAUACCAGUCAGGGUACCACUCUGACGACACAGACACCCCAAUCUAUGCUAACGAGGAGGUGAUCAUGAAGCACAACAUGCUGAAAAAGCCUCCGCUGCUCAAGACGCCUGACAAGUUCAACGCGGAGAUCCGCUACAGCACGCCACCUGUCUGACCGCAAAUAUCCCUCCCCAGUAAACCCAAUGUCCCUCAGUCUUUUCACUGUACAGUAUUUGUUUACGUUCCGCUGGUAUUACACUUUAAGAACAAUGACAACACACGCAAUACAGCUCCGUUCACUGUGGUGUUGAGAUGUUUUUACAAGAGAUAACUUAAUAAGUCCUCAGACAAAAAUGAAGGUUGUAUGAUACGUUUGUAAGCACAGCUCUCCUCGUACAGCCGGAGGAAUGCUAUCAUGUUUACACAGCGAGUAAAAGGUCUGGGGCAGCCGAGACACGGGGACACGCCUACUUCCUGUGGCAAAAUCCACCCACUUCCUCUAAUGCAGGAAAUGGCAUCUGGAAUUUUUAGAUGAUUGAAUCAGCAAAUGUUUUCGUUUUUCUUUUUACGCUCUCUUUAGUUGGCUGGUAAGGAGGCAGUUCCCUCAGCUCAAUCAGAGCAAUGUUUCCAGAGUCACAUUUGUACAGUUCCUUUAUUCAUAUAACUUACAGUAUUUUAUUGAAAGUGUAUUACUAAACCUGCAAUAAAUGUAACUAGUUUUAUAGAAGAAAAACACUCACAGAU